AAGAAGAAGAAGAAGCGAUGCAGUUGCGAGCAGCGGAGUGAUCUAUCAAUCCAUCAAUUCAUCAUCAAUCAAUCAUCUAAUGUCGAGGAUGAAGCAUCUGCUGCGGAAACUACACAUCGGUGGGUUCGUCGAUGAACACCAUAGAUUGGGCGAAGAAAGCCGUCCUUCCAACAAUUCUUCACCGCAGACUUCAUCUUCGUCGACACCUGCCGCAUUUUCCAGGAACAGAGUCGUCGAUUCAUCCGAGAGGGUGGGUGGAGCAGUGACUGCCGCUGCGUCAUCGGAUAGUUCCGCUGAUUUCAGUUUUUUUGAAGAUGAGUUUCAGGUGCAGCUCGCUUUGGCUAUCAGCGCUUCUGAUCCUGAUGCCGGUGAGGAUCCGGAGGCUGACCAGAUCAAGGUCGCGAAGCGGAUGAGUUUGGGUUGUCCUUCUUCUGUUGCUGCCGAUGAAACCCUUGUCGAGUACCUCUCGCUUCGCUAUUGGAACUACAAUUUUGUAAAUUAUGAUGAAAGACUGAUUGAUGGAUUCUAUGAUGUCUACGGCAUUACCUCAAACUCAAACAUGGAAGGGAAAAUUCCAUUGUUGGUAGAUCUUCAAGCGACAUCCAUUUCUGAAAAUGUUGAUUAUGAAGUGAUUCUAGUAAACCGAAGUGCUGAUCCUACACUUCGUCAGCUCGAGAGAAGAGCAGUUUCUCUAGCAUCGGAAUGCCAAACUUCAGAGCUUGGUCCGAUUUUAAGUGGUCUAGUCCAGAAGAUUGCAGAUCUUGUUGUUGGUUGCAUGGGAGGGCCCGUCGUGGAUGCUGAUGAAAUGUUAAGACGGUGGACAGUUAGGAGUUACGAAUUACGAAAUUCAUUGAACACAAAUAUUCUUCCCCUUGGUCAUUUGGAUGUUGGACUUUCGUGUCACAGGGCCUUGCUCUUUAAGGUACUAGCUGAUCGGAUCAAUCUUCCAUGUAGGCUGGUGAAAGGGAGCUACUACACUGGUACUGAUGAUGGAGCAGUGAAUUUGAUUAAAGUUGAUUAUGACAGUGAGUACAUAAUUGAUUUAAUGGGAGCUCCAGGCACCCUAAUUCCUGCAGAAAUACCUAUUAAUUGUCUUCAAAAUUCUGGAUUAGAUGUACGGAGCUCUGUUAACAUUGCACAGAAUGUAGAGGGUUCAUGUUUUGCACUCGGCAAGGUCAAUUGUCAAUUUGAGAAUCAAACAAGUGAAGCAACUAUAUUUGGACACCUAGAUCAUGUUUCCAAAGUUAGUUUGUCAGAUGAUAUUGGCAUUCAAGCAAAGAAGGAUGGUGCAAAUAUUUCUGAAAAGAAUCAAACUGAGAGAUUUGAGUAUGAAUUUGGCAAGCUUCUUCUAUCCUUGCAUAAACCGCAUGAAAAUUCAUCUGGCACUGGUGGAGAAGCUUCAUCUGUCCAAAAGAUGAAAUUAAAGGAUGUUUCUGAAUAUGUGAUCAGUGCGGCACAAGACCCAGAAUUUGCCCAGAAACUUCAUGCUGUCUUUCUGGAGAGCGGUGCAUCUCCUCCAGCAGAUUUAUUUUCUGAUCUAACUCCCCAGUUCCUGGAAGGACAUACCUUACUUGGUCGAAGCCAGUCUGUGGAUUUGAACAAGAUUGAUAAUGGGGCAGAAUUUUGUCAUGAUAAGUUUUGCUUCAGCAUGGACCCAGUAACUCAAGAUAGACAACAAACUUCAACAGGGGAGAUGACAGGAAAACAGAAAGAGAAUGCAUCUGAUUCAGCUAAUUUUAAAGAUGAGAAACCAAUUCUGAAUUCAAUCACAGAUAAACCAGGUUUUGCUUUUGCCAGCUCAGAUCUUCAUAAUGUUGUUGGCAAAACCACUAUCAGCCAUGGUGUUUGUUCACCUCCCAUGGCUUCAGGUGAGAGGUUUAUGUUGGUUAAUAAUGAAGGUAAUGACAUGGCCCAGGAUGGUUCCACAGUUGUAGGCUUGCUUCCUGUUCUUGUUUCAUCUUUGGUUAGAACUGCAUGUGAGGAAAAAAUUCAGAAGUUUCCAGCACCAUUUGCAAUUGGCUCUUAUCCAAAGCAACUUGAAAAUGUUUUUUCUGGGGGUGAGAUGAGUUAUCAAGGAAAUGCAGGAGUUGUAAAUAAUGUGGAAACUGGACGAAUCAAUUCUUUGGAAGAGCGUCAAUUAAGUGCCAAAGAAUUAAAUGAACCAACCAAUGACAACCCACUUUUCAUCAGUGGUUUUCAGAGAGAGAAAAUUAAUCCAAUGCUUGAUGAAGUUGCAGAGAUUCCAUGGGAGGAUCUUCAAAUUGGUGAACGAAUUGGUCUUGGUUCAUAUGGCGAGGUCUAUCGUGCAGAUUGGAAUGGCACUGAGGUUGCUGUGAAAAAGUUCUUGGACCAAGAUUUCUCAGGCGAUGCAUUGGAGCAAUUUAGAUGUGAGAUUAGGAUCAUGCAAAGGCUGCGGCAUCCAAAUAUUGUUCUUUUUAUGGGAGCAGUUACUCGCCCUCCAAAUUUGUCAAUACUGACAGAGUUUCUUCCUAGGGGGAGUUUACACAGGUUAUUGCAUCGGCCCAACGUUCAAAUUGAUGAAAAGCGUCGAUUACGAAUGGCUCUGGAUGUGGCAAAGGGAAUGAAUUGCUUGCACACUAGCCAUCCCACUAUUGUACAUCGAGAUUUGAAGUCCCCUAACCUUCUUGUUGAUAAAAACUGGGGUGUAAAGGUUUGUGAUUUUGGGUUGUCACGUUUGAAACACCACACAUUUUUGUCUUCAAAAUCUACUGCUGGAACGGCUGAAUGGAUGGCACCAGAAGUUCUCAGAAAUGAACCAUCCAAUGAGAAGUGUGAUGUUUAUAGUUUCGGUGUUAUAUUGUGGGAGUUGGCUACUUUACGUAUGCCAUGGAGUUGGAUGAAUUCAAUGCAGGUAGUUGGAGCCGUUGGGUUCCAAAAUAGACGUCUUGAUAUACCUGAAGAGGUCGACCCAAUUGUUGGGCAAAUCAUCAGUGAUUGUUGGCAAAGUGACCCAAACUUGCGACCCUCUUUCGCUCAGCUUAUGUCGCGUCUCAAGCAUCUUCAGCGCCUAGCUGUUGAAAAAACUUGAGCAUCGGACUCAAAUUAAAGAGGAAGUUAAAGGAGUAGCAACAUCUUUUGCCAUGGCUUAAGAAGCUGCGGUUGCAGCAGAACUCUAGUUGCAGGUAUCAUUUGAGACAAGCACCCAUUAGAAGAGAGGAAAGAACA